UUUCCUUUUUCCCUGCAUACCCACCAGGAAGCGUUAGCGUCCACAGACCAGCGUAGAAAGCUAAAGAGACCACGGUCGGCGAUAUCUUGGGAUGGUUGGUAAGUCCGGGAUCCGCUUCGCUGAGCCUCAAGCUACAUUGAAGUAUUAAACCCCAUCCACCGCCUUCUCUCUCUCGUGUUCGCCGUUCGCGGAUGCUCCGAGACGAGACCCGGCGGGCCGAGGAGGAGGGAUGAACGACCUCUCCGGCACCGCCACCGGACACCGGUGCCUCUCCCCCGUCCCCGCGGCCGUCCCCUGUGUCAUUGUCCCUCUUCUCCUCGCCGGACUCGCCGUCUCCCUCCUCAUCCUCGUCGUCGUCCACAAUGCCCUCCUCCUCGCCGCCGUCGUCCUCCUCUCCGCCGUCUCCGCCGUCUUCCUCCUCUGGAAUGCAGCCAGCUUCCAGAAACAUGGCGCUCUCCUCGUCCUUCUCGAUCGCCUCCCCACCUCCGACCUCGUCACUGCUAGGGACGGCCAGCUUGUUAAGAUCACUGGGUUUGCUUCAUGUGGGGAUCUCGCUCUUGAAUCUUCAUAUGAGAAGGUUGGAAGAUGUGUAUAUACAUCAAUGCUUCUGUAUGAAUAUUGUGGAUUUGGAUCAAAGCCAGCAAAUGCUAACAGUAGAUACUUUUGGUGGAAUUUAGCAUAUGUGGAGAGGUUUGCCACAGACUUUUACAUAACGGAUGUGAAGUCUGGUACCAGAGCUUUGGUGAAAGCUGGUUAUAAUUCAAAAGUGAUUCCCCUGAUUGAUGAAAACAUACUUGUCAACACUACAAGUAAAAACAGAGAACUAUCUUCAACCUUGAAGAAAUGGCUAGAAAGAAGACAACUUUCUGCUGGAGCUCGUUUGUUACGUCUCAAGGAAGGGUACAUCAAGGAGGGAGACUCUUUGACUGUGAUGGGAAUGUUGAGUAGAAAGGAUGGUGUCCUCAUGAUAGCUCCACCACCUGAGCCUUUCUCUACAGGUUGCCUAUUGCAAAAAUUUCUUCUUCCUGUUGAUGUUGAUGGCCUAGUUUUAAAGUUCUCUGGCAAGAAUAGUUCCAUGACCAGCCUAAGCCUUUCAUGAACCACACCAAGUAUCUGAAGCAAGCACUGGAGGCUUCCUUGGAUUGAAAAAGAAAAAGGUGCUGCAGGGUACAAGUGGAUCAGAAUGUCUUAAUUGAAACUAUCACGAUCAGGACAAGUUUGUAAAUAAUUCUGAACAAGCUGUAAUAGACUUGUCUUUAUUGUUUUCUUGUAAUCUGUAGGACGUGGUUCAAUUGAUAAAGCCUAAUUAAAGGCUCUCACAGGUGAAUGGUGCUGGCUGUGCGAGACAUGCUGUGUUGGUGGGAAUAUGGCAUGGCAGCAUUGGACUUGUUCAAGCAGGUGGAAUGCAUCUUGGAUAUUUUUGUAGAUCUCAUAUCAGACUUCCACUAAUUUCUCAUUUUAGUUAAUGACUUUUGGGUUUCCAUUACCGAAGCAAUAUCUCCCAUUAGAGCUCUAUCCCUUGAGGGAGGUUGAGUUGUGCAUGCUUCUUACAAGCAUUGGUAUAGAUUUGUAGGUAAGCUUAGCAAUUAUGUAAACUUUAAAAAGCAUAUUUUUGGUAGAAGGAAGUAAAUAUCAUUACACAGAUUUCGAAUA